AUGCUUGACACAAAGAAAUAUAAUGCCUUAAGUCUGGCUCAGCCUACAGAUUUCAAAGGAAUGCUGAACUCUGGCGAGCUUCUCUGGGGUACUGGAUGCCGAAUCCCCCAUCCAGAGGCUGCGAGAGUUGUCGCUGCAACGCCAUAUCACUUUUGCUUUUUGGAUGCGGAACACGCACCUCUCAACGCAACACUCCUCGUCAGUCUGAUCCGAACAAUCCAAUAUCACUCCAAUGGCUCCAUGGUACCGUUCAUCCGGAUUCCAGGAUGCUCACCUGAGCUUUACAACUAUGCUCUGGGCGCAGGCGCUGGCGGGGUGGUCAUGCCUCACGUUCAGAAUGCAAAACAGGCAGAGGAGCUGGUCCGAAUAUGUCGGUUUCCACCAACUGGAGAUCGCAGUUUCCCACCUGCAGCUCUGAUUGGCGAGCAGCAGAAUCGAACUCCUGAAGGAAAAACAACGUAUGACGUGUGGAAUGAACACGCCGCUGUGAUCUGUCAGAUUGAGGAUUUAGAGGGGCUGGAAAAUGUUGAAGAGAUUUGCCAAGUUCCAGGUGUGGAUGGCCUCUUUAUUGGUACAGGGGAUCUGCGCAUGUGUCUUAAUCUAGCCCAUGGGUCGCUCGACGGCGAUGAACCAGUGUUUCUGUCCGCUCUUCAGAGAAUUCGAGACGCCGCGAAAGCUCAGAAUCUACCCAUCAUGGGCUUCGGCAUCUCGCCUGCUGGAGUGGAGUUAAGAAAAGCGAUGGGCUGGAAUGCGUUCAUUAUCCAUGGAGAUAUUGAUGCCAUCUGCACAUCAGCCGUUCAGUGUCUGCAGACAUACACUGAUGCAGCUCAAGAGGGGAUUGGGAGCAAUGGACAUCGACUUGGCGAGAAUAUUGAUGACAUGGUUGCUAGGUAG